AGCCUUAAGAAAAAAAAAAAAAAAAAGAAAAAAAAAAACAAUAAUAAUAUAACCAUGCCCCCGAAGAAAAGCGUGUCCAAGGUUCCUGCAAAAGCUUCGAGUACAUCAAAAAGUACUACAAAUAGCUCCACGGCAAAAACUACCGCGUCUAAAGCUACGACCAAGGGUCGCUCUUCAAAAAACAACACAGCUACUGAGAAAUCUGCUGCGACCGCUAAACAUGAAGCUACCGGUUCGUCGAAAAGAUCAGCCAACUCUACAUCCGCCGCAACAAUGAAAAAGCGGAAAGUCGACGAGGUCGACGAAGAACCAGCUCCCGAAGCCAAAGAAGCCAAAAAACCCCGUGUUGCGAAACCUCGUGUCACGAAAGAGAAACCCAAAUUGGUCAUCAACAAGGCUCCCACCACUCGCCUUAACGUCUACGUCUGCGGCGAAGGAAGCUCUGGUGAACUUGGUCUCGGGCCGGAAAAGAAUGCAGUUGACGUCAAACGGCCACGUCUCAACCCUCACCUACCGGCGGACCGUGUAGGUGUUGUGCAAGUUGCUGUCGGUGGCAUGCAUUGCGUUGCUCUUACGUAUGACAACAAGAUACUUACAUGGGGUGUUAACGACCAAGGCGCUCUUGGAAGAGAUACCGCGUGGGAGGGGGGCUAUAAGGAUAUCGAGGACAACAAAAGCGAUGCAGACUCGGACUCGGACGAUGAACCUGCCCUAAACCCACGCGAGUCUACACCCACUGCUAUUCCAUCGAACGCGUUCCCUGAAGGCACUGUUAUCGUAGAGGUUACUGCUGGCGAUAGUUCCAGUUUUGCCCUCACCGACGAUGGCCAGGUUUAUGGAUGGGGAACCUUUAGGAGCAAUGACGGCAUCUUAGGCUUUGAUGCUGGUCACGAGGUCCAGUCUACUCCGGCUCUGAUUCCGUCCUUGAAGAAGAUCAAACACUUAACCUGUGGGGACAACCAUGUCCUUGCUUUGAACGAGAAGGGUGCUGUAUUUUCGUGGGGAUCCGGUCAGCAAAAUCAAUUGGGUCGCCGCAUUAUCGAACGCAACAGACUGAACGGUCUACAGCCGCGGGAAUUCGGCCUCCCCAAGAACAUCGUUCACAUUGCCUGUGGCGCGUUUCACUCUUUUGCUGUUCAUCAAUCCGGCAAAGUCUAUGCUUGGGGCUUGAACAGUUUUGGCGAAACAGGCGUUCGGAAUGGUGCCGGUGACGACGAGGCUGCUAUAGUUCACCCUACUGUGGUUGACUCCCUGUCUGGGAAAAACAUCACUCAGCUCUGUGGCGGCGCACAUCAUUCACUUGCUGCCUCAGAUGAUGGCCAAUGUCUUGUGUGGGGUCGCUUGGACGGGUACCAAACAGGUUUAAAAAUCGACUCUCUGCCUGACGAAGCUGUUAUCAAAGACGAACGCGGACGACCUCGCAUCUUGAUUGAGCCCACGCCUGUGCCUGGGAUCAAAGCCAAUGUUGUUGCAGCUGGAUCCGAUCAUUCAAUCGCCAUCGAUGCUGAUGGUCGUCCAUGGUCAUGGGGCUUCUCUGCUACCUAUCAAACCGGUCAAGGCACACAGGAUGACAUCGAGGUAGCGACCAUCGUGGAGAAUACCGCCGUGCGUGGCAAGAUCCUCAACUGGGCUGGAGCCGGUGGCCAGUUUUCUGUAUUCACAGAGCCAGUGAAACCGUGAAAGAAGCCUCUGGUCUGUUAAAUCAUUGUGUUAUCUCGCAUGCUAGAGGGGUUUUGGCUACACUUGGACUACUACUGCGGCGGUAGCGAAUCCGUCAGUCUUGUGUCUUGGCGCCAUUUUUGGAUGGUUAUGUCGAGUUUGGCUAAGACUUGGGCUAUCCUUAGGGUGACGUGUAGCUGCCCUUUUUGUACCACUGUAUCUAUUUCGAGCUGCAAGGUGUUGGUUUUUAAAUUCAAUAUUAAGUAUAGGUUCAUUGAAUAACAACAACUUGAAAGAAUGAGCGUC